ACAGGUCGGGGGCUCCGAUUCGGUUCUAGGUAAAAGGACUUUCGCCUCUCCUCGUUCUUUCGCCUCUCCUCGUUCUUGUGUUGGCUUAAGACACUCUAAACUCUCACAAUCAGAAAAUUUCUUCUCUCCAACAGAUCCAUUCCACUCUCUCCCCAUUUAAUAAUUAUAUAGUAAAAUGAGUUCUCGGAAGAAAACACCCUUUCAGAAGCAUAGAGAAGAGGAAGAGGCGAAGAAAAAGAGGGCAGAGGAUGAAACAGCACGUUUAUAUCAAGAGUUUCUAGAAUCAUUUCAGGCUGAUAAUACUCCAGGGUCGAAGGCCUUUGUAAGAGGUGGAACCAUUAACCCUAAUGAGAAGCUGAAAAAUGAUUCCGAAGGUGGAAAUUCCAAAGAUGAGGGUUCUGGUUUAAAGAAAGGGAGUAGGUAUGUACCAUCUUUUAUCCCACCUCCAAUGGCAACAAAGGGUAAAGAAUAUGACAAGAAGAAGGAGGAGAAGCCAAAGGAGAAAGAAAAGGGGAAGUCUCGGAACAUUGAUCAUUUUAUGGAGGAGUUGAAGCAUGAACAGGAGAUGAGGGAGAGGCGGAAUCAAGAGCGUGACAGCUGGCGUGAUACACGUCACAGUGACAAUUCAACCCCAUCCAGUCGGUUUGAUGAGCUGCCAGAUGAAUUUGAUCCAAUGGGAAGACCUGGAUCAUUUGAUGAUGGAGAUCCACAAACAACAAAUCUUUAUGUGGGGAACUUAUCACCUCAGGUUGAUGAGAAUUUUCUUUUGCGGACUUUUGGAAGAUUUGGACCUAUUGCCAGUGUCAAAAUUAUGUGGCCAAGAACAGAAGAGGAAAGGAGACGGCAAAGGAAUUGUGGCUUUGUGGCUUUCAUGAACAGGGCUGAUGCGCAAGCUGCUAAGGAUGAAAUGCAAGGAGUGGUGGUCUAUGAAUAUGAAUUGAAGAUUGGAUGGGGUAAGUCUGUCUCUCUUCCAUCGCAAGCACUCCCUGCUCCGCCUCCUGGACAUAUGGCAAUCAGAAGUAAGGAGGGUGCUACGGUGAUCUUGUCUGGCCCAUCUGGUCCCCCAGUAAAUUCCAUUCCAAGCCAAAACUCUGAGUUGGUUCUUACUCCGAAUGUACCUGAUAUUAAUGUUGUUCCUCCUGAUGAUAAUCAUCUUCGACAUGUUAUUGAUACAAUGGCGCUCUAUGUUCUUGAUGGGGGUUGUGCUUUUGAACAAGCAAUAAUGGAAAGGGGCCGUGGAAAUCCUCUAUUUAGUUUUUUGUUUGAGCUCGGCUCAAAAGAGCAUACUUACUAUGUGUGGAGGCUCUAUUCAUUUGCUCAGGGGGAUACACUUCAGCGAUGGCGAACAGAGCCUUUCAUCAUGAUCACCGGUAGUGGAAGAUGGAUACCACCUUCUUUACCAACAGCGAAAGGGGCAGACCAUGAAAAGGAGGGUGGAACCACUUAUGCUGCAGGCAAAAGCAAACGUGUGGAGGUGGAACGUACCUUGACAGAUGCCCAAAGAGAUGAAUUUGAGGAUAUGCUGCGCGCAUUAACAUUAGAAAGAAGCCAAAUAAAAGAAGCUAUGGGUUUUGCCCUGGAUAAUGCUGACGCUGCAGGAGAGGUGGUUGAAGUGUUAACUGAGUCCUUGACUCUUAAAGAAACUCCAAUUCCAACAAAAGUUGCAAGACUCAUGCUUGUUUCAGACAUACUUCACAAUAGCAGUGCUCCUGUGAAGAAUGCCUCUGCUUAUCGUACCAAAUUUGAAGCAACUCUACCAGACAUUAUGGAAAGCUUUAAUGACUUAUAUCGCAGUAUAACUGGACGAAUUACAGCAGAGGCCCUUAAGGAACGUGUUCUUAAAGUUCUUCAAGUUUGGGCUGAUUGGUUUCUUUUUUCGGAUGCAUAUGUGAAUGGGUUGCGUGCUACCUUUCUCCGUUCAGGUAACUCAGGUGUUACCCCUUUCCAUUCUAUAUGCGGUGAUGCCCCUGAGCUAGAGAGGAAAUCUGGUACUGGAGACACACUGGACGGGCAAAGGAUCAACCAAGAUGCUGCAUUAGCAAUUGGGAAAGGAGCUGCCAUGAAAGAGCUAUUGAGCUUGCCCCUUCCUGAGCUGGAAAGAAGAUGCAGACAUAAUGGGUUAUCUCUUGUUGGUGGGAGAGAAAUUAUGGUGGCACGGCUACUUAAUCUGGAAGAAGCAGAAAAACAGAGGGGUUAUGAGCUGGAUGAUGAAUUGAAAUCUACACAUAGCCAGUCGAACUCAGGCAGAUACCCAAGUGGUCGGAAGGAAGCAAAUUAUGAAAUGGAUCCAGGGCAAAUGUCAGGAUAUAGCAGUUACAGGGAGGACGACAUGCAGUCAAAAGCUAGAGGGUCAGUAUUGCUGCCCCAGUCAGAUCUGUCUUUGCAGCCAGAACUCAGUUCUGGUGAUGGAAAAAAUGAAUCCAUACUGCCAGCCUCUAAGUGGGCCCGAGAGGAUGAUGAAAGUGAUGAUGAACAUGAGAGAAGUACAAGGGACUUGGGAUUAACUUAUUCAUCUUCUGGAAGCGAAAGAGCGGGUGAUGACCUGUACAAAACUGAGGAGGUUGAUCUUACAAAUGAUGCUAGUAAUUCAACAUAUCUUGAUGGUGGAAUUAAUGAAGAGCAGAGACAAAAGUUGAGGCGUCUUGAAGUUGCUUUAAUGGAAUACCGUGAAUCUCUUGAAGAAAGAGGAAUAAAAAGUUUGGAGGAAAUUGAGAGAAAAGUCGACAUUCAUCGGAGUCGGCUACAAGCUGAAUAUGGUUUGCUGGAUUCAAGUGCAGAUACUUUUGCCAGAAAAAGGUCAUCCUCUGAGAGGAGGGACAGACGAGACGAUUCACGUGAACCUAUAAAGAAACGUCGCCGUAGUAGAAGCAGAAGCGAAAGCCCUCAACGGAAACUCUCCUCCAGAGACAGAGAACGGGAAAGUGAUGCAAAUCGGGAGAGAGAAAGACGGCGUGACAGGGGAAGAGAGCGGGACCGCGAGAAGAGUGGGAGCAGGGAGAGAGAUGAUCACGACAGAGAUAAGGUGAGAGAGAGAGACAGAGAUAGGAGGAGGGUGAAGUGAAUACAUCCCAAUCAUAUGAUGUUAGCGUCAACUCUCUUCUAGUUGGAGUCGUUUGAUCGUAUUGUACUGAUUCGUCUGCGCUAGUAUGGCUACAUUAUGAUUCUCAGCAACGUGGUUAGCCGCUAAUGCUGAGUUUACGGCUUCCCUUUUCUGAAGUGCACUAUCAAGUCAGACUGUAAGUCGUGCUGCAUCUAUGUGAGAAAAUUGUGGGUGGUUCUGUCCUAGAAAUAUUGUAGCCAAAAUGCUAAGGCACACAUUAGUUGUAUUUUAGUGUUUUAAUCUUCAUUUCAUAUUUGGGUGCAGCAUUGACCAAUAUGGAUUUGGCUAUUCAAAUUUUGGCACUUUGAUAUGGUCCAUGCAACUUUAUCUGAUUCACCUUUGUGUAAGUUAUUGAGUUAUGCACGGUUUACGGUUCGUUUCUUUUAA